AUGGAAAGACAGCAAUUCGUUCCUGCUAAAUGUAUAGGUCGCAGACAAAUGCAAAGGAGGGUAACAAAGGCAGUUGGUGAUUUUCAGUCUCAAUGUUGUGAUGAUAUUGCUUUUAAAGGUAACUUAACCCAUAAUAAUUUAAAGCUUUUCGAAGCAGCCAUGCCUAUUUUAGAGAAUAUUAACGAUACUUCCUGUAAUAUAUCUAGUACUGAAGAUUUAGGUUUAUCUAGUUGUCAUAAUGCUGAUGAUGUUCCCAGUAAUGCAUGUGAUAGCCAGUUUUUAAAUUUAUUAAAUGUUGAGUCUGUUCAAAAUUGUCACAGUAAUCUAGGGUGCUCCAAGGAUUGUGAGGGUGAAUCGGAGACAGUUAGUUCAGUUGAGAAGAACAACCUCUCAGAUAGUCUAAAAAAUUGGGCUAAUGAUUUUAAGAUUACUACAACUGCACUUACAAAACUUUUGCACUUGCUCUCACCAUUUCACCCCGAAUUACCUUUGGAUAGCCGAACAUUGUUAAGAACUCCACUAGACUUUAACAGCAAAGAAUUGGAAACGGGUCAAUAUUCUCACUUUGGUCUUCAAAAAGGACUUUACAUGUUUUUAGAAUCAAAUAUUAACUUUAAAGACUCAACCAUUAGUAUUUCAUUUAAUAUAGAUGGCCUGCCACUGUUUAAUAGUUCCAAUGUGCAAGUUUGGCCAAUUUUAGCUUUAAUUAAAAACGAAGAAUUUUUUAUAAAACCUUUUCCUGUUGGUGUAUUUUGUGGAAAUGCGAAACCUAAACCGCUUGCUAUAUAUUUAGAAGAUUUUUUAAAUGAACUUUUAAAUUUAAUUGAAAAUGGUCUAUUAUUUAAAAAUAAGCUCUUUAAAAUUAACAUUCAUAGUUUCAUAUGCGAUGCGCCAGCUCGAGCAUAUUUGAAAUGUGUAAAAUCUCACAAUGGUUACUCUUCUUGCGACAAAUGCGUAAACCCUGGGGAGUACUUCAAUGGUAGAAUAAUUUUUACCAAAACUGACGCGGCCAAAAGAACUGACGCUUCGUUUGUUGCACAGGAAGAUGAGGACCAUCACCUUGGUAUUUCGCCUUUAUUAAAGAUUCCUGUGGGUUUGGUUUCUCAAUUUCCUUCAGAAUAUAUGCACAGCACAUGUUUAGGGGUGAUGAAAAAACUUUUAAAUGCCUGGAUUAGUAGGCUUGAAACAGUGCAUUCCAACAGAAAUGAACCGCAAACCAAGGGCCAUCGCAGAAUUACCGCGUUGGAAGGCAUCUGA